AAGUGAAAACAGAAAAAGAAAAAUAUUAAAACUGUAAACUGUAAUCCCACUUUAAAAAAAAGUGAUUUUUUUCCGCGCGUAAAUACGCACGGCUCCAUGGCGCUCAUGUGCAGGCAGGUCACCGGCAGCGCGGCCAGCUGUGCGGGCUGGGUCGGGAUCAUCGUCGCCACGGCCACUAACGACUGGGUCCGGACCUGCGACUACACCGUGGCCACCUGCGUCCGCAUGGACGAGCUGGGCUCCCGGGGCCUGUGGGCGGAGUGCGUCAUCUCUCCGGCGCUGUAUCACUGCGUGGCCCUCAACCAGAUCCUCACCCUGCCCGCUUACGUGCAGGUGUCUCGUGCCCUGAUGAUCUGCGCAUGUCUGCUGGGGCUCCCCGCCAUGCUGCUCGUGCUCAUGUCGAUGCCGUGCGUGCGGCUGCAGAACGACAACUCCGCCAUCAAACAGCGCCGCGCCCGCGUGGGAGGCGUCCUCUUCAUCCUCAUGGCUGUGUGUGGCAUCAUAUCGACCGUCUGGUUCCCCAUCGGCGCUCACCAAGCGGAGGGUCUCAUGUCGUUCGGCUUCUCUCUGUACGCCGGCUGGGUGGGCUCCGCUCUCUGUCUCCUGGGCGGCGUCAUCAUCUUGUGUUGCCACGGCGCCGACCCCGGCACCCCGCGAAGAGACAACAGCUUCUACUACUCCAGGCAGGGGGGCACCGCCACGCCGCUCGACCCCCCCGCCAACCACGCCAAGAGCGCACGGGUGUGAGGAGGACGGAGCCCGUGUUUUAUGUGCAGUUUUUACAUUUAGCUUAAUCUCAUAGGUGGAGUUUUUGUCUUUUAGCAAAAGUUGUUUUUUUAUAUGUUGAUGAGCUUCUGCUUUUUUAGAACUUUAGACUUUAAGACGACGAGAGAAACGUUUUUUGCUUUAAGUUAUCAUUACAAAGUAAGUUUUGAUCGCACAAUAAUGACUUCAGAAUAACGACAACAUCUGAUUGGUGCCCUUUAAGGCUCGCUUUCACUACGCAGCUGAAACCAACUCAACCAGCUACCAGCCCAAGCUGGUUUGAGAUGGUCCUGACACAGUUCUUGCU